GGCGAACGCAUAACUCCAAAGUGUUGUUAAAAAUGAAGUUCCUGAUAGUGAUGUUGGCGUUUGUGGCGGUGGCCACCAGUUACGAGUUUCAGGAGCGUUUGGGCGUUUACGAUCGUUCCAUAUCCAGCCAAAUGGUCACCUUCAUUGAGGGCAUCCGCGCACAAAUGCCAUGCGGCUUCCCAGGGCUCGGCUUGGGUCCAUUGUCUCCAGCGCGUCUGUCGCACCGCGAAAUCGGACUCAACUCAGAUGGCUUAGCUUUUGAAGGUGAAAUCCACGACUUUAUACUUUACGGUCUGGAUGACUUUGAUAUCGUCAAUUUCAAGGUCAGCGUUCUGCUAAGCAAAGUCACCUUCGAAUUCCACUGGCACAAAGUACAUCUGGUCACAAACUACAAAAUGGACGUGAACACCGGCAGACAAAUGAAAUUGGGUCGUAGUGGUGGCGCCAAGUUGGCCAUUGAAGAUCUGAUUGUGGUCGGUUCGGCCAAGUACAGUAUGAUUGGCAAGUUGCGCCUGAAGGAGUUCAAAAUCAGCGCCACCAUUGGAGAUGUGACGUCGGAAAUUGAAAAUUUGUCUUCAAUUAAAAUUAUCAAUAAGAAAUUUAACCAAAUUAUUGAGGAAUGGAUUAUGCUGGCGGUCAAUGAGAACACGGAGGAAAUGGAGCAGUUAUCCAAUAAGUACGUGGUGCCAUUGGCGAAUGAUUUGAUCGGUGAUGCUACUUUGGCUGACAUUAUUGCUCUGGUAAUUGGCAAUGGCAGUGGCAGUGGCAGCGGCAGUGGGGGUGACGACGAAGAGCGAACGGAGUGCAUCCCACAGGGGAACGAGCGUGCUCUGGAUGAUGGGACAAAAGUUGAAUAUUAAAAACAAAUAUAUUUUGUAAUAAGAUAAGAAUUUAAGUAUGCAAGUGGGCAUUUUUGAUGCGAACACAAACCAAAAA